GAAUAAUAGUCCGGCCCACCACCCAGAGCAAAGCUCCCAGGUUUCGACACAGAUCCCCGGACCGCGGGAGAUGACGGCCACUAUCACGAAGGCGAAUUCCCCUCCAUCAACCUGCCAUUGACCUCGAGCCAGAGGCCCUCUCGGGAGACUCUACACAUCUCGUCUCACUAACGGCCGUUCCCUCUCUGCUCUUCACACAAUGGCUUCCCUCCGACUCGCCAGCCGAGGCGCCAAGAGCCUGUGCAUGCGGCCAGCAACAUUCGCUGCCCGCCCUUUCUCGACGACCUGCCUGCGAAAGUACGCCGCCGCUGUCGAGCCCGUCGGCACCAGACUUGUCCCCGUUGACGAAGACUUCUCAUCCGCCCAAGAUGCCUACGGCCUCUCCAAGCCCCGAAAAGCCGGUACCCGAAAGUCGCGCGAGAACUCCGUCCAGGACCGAAAGGUUCGACAUUAUACCGUCAACUUUGGUCCUCAGCAUCCCGCUGCCCACGGCGUGUUGCGUUUGAUUCUCGAGCUCAAUGGUGAAGAGAUCGUCCGAGCCGACCCCCACGUCGGUCUGCUGCACCGAGGUACUGAGAAGUUGAUCGAGUACAAGACAUAUCUCCAGGCUCUGCCUUACUUUGAUCGACUUGAUUACGUCUCUAUGAUGACCAACGAGCAAUGCUUCUCUCUUGCUGUUGAGAAGCUUCUCAACGUCGAAAUCCCUGAGCGAGCCAAGUUUAUCCGAACUCUGUUUGGCGAGAUCACCCGUAUUCUUAACCACCUGAUGUCUGUUCUCUCACACGCUAUGGAUGUUGGUGCUUUGACGCCUUUCCUGUGGGGUUUCGAAGAGCGUGAGAAGCUCAUGGAAUUCUACGAGCGUGUUUCCGGCGCCCGUCUCCACGCUGCUUACGUUCGGCCCGGUGGUGUUCAUCAGGAUAUCCCCGUUGGCCUUCUCGACGAUAUUUACCAGUGGGCUACCCAAUUCGGCGACCGAAUCGACGAGACCGAGGAGAUGUUGACUGAUAACCGUAUCUGGAUUGAGCGAUUGAGGGGUGUUGGUGUUGUUCCCGCCACUGAGGCCCUGAACCUUUCCUUCACUGGUGUUAUGCUUCGAGGUUCUGGUGUUCCUUUCGAUGUCCGAAAGAACCAGCCCUAUGAUGCCUACGACCAGGUUGAGUUCGACGUUCCCGUUGGAACUAACGGUGACUGCUACGACCGAUACCUUUGCCGAAUGGAGGAGUUUCGACAGUCUCUCCGCAUUAUCCACCAGUGCCUCAACAAGAUGCCCGCAGGCCCCGUCCGUGUUGAGGACUACAAGGUCUCUCCUCCUCCUCGAUCCGCCAUGAAGGAGAACAUGGAGGCUCUUAUUCACCACUUCUUGCUCUACACCAAGGGCUACGCCGUUCCUCCUGGUGAGACCUACUCUGCCAUCGAGGCCCCUAAGGGUGAGAUGGGUGUGUACGUCGUUUCUGAUGGUAGCGAGCGACCAUACCGAUGCCACAUUCGCGCUCCUGGUUUUGCCCACUUGGGUGGCUUCGAUCACGUCUCCAAGGGUCACUUGCUGGCUGAUGCUGUAGCGGUUAUUGGUACUAUGGAUCUGGUGUUCGGUGAGGUCGAUAGGUAAAGCAUUUUCGAAAAGAAAGAAGGUUAGAAUGGGUUUCUUUUGUUUGUAAUCAUAGCUGAUAGGGAGACCACGGUAAAUACUCCCACAAACGUCGUGUGCUCGAGCGAGAAGCUAUGUAGAGGUGAUGCGUGUUCUGAAAUAGCAAUGAAUCAUCUUAUUUCCAUUAUUCUUGGGUGUGAUUAUGUACAGUUCUAAUGUUACAGACAAAAGUACAUGCUUUGAGAGUUUGAGGGUUUGUCUGGCCAGAAGUCUACAAUAGCUUAGUACCAGUGCCAGAAGCCUGCUCCAUAAAGAAAUUCUUCAGGGGGCCGAGAGCAUUGACAGCCCGAAGACCAACUGAACGAAGCGGCACAAGAGGGCCACUCUCGACAGAGUAGAGUUUAUGAAGCUUAUCGCAAACGUUAAGAAUAACGUGAUUGGCGGCAUAGCGCUCGCUGUUGUAAGGCUCGAGAGACAGCUGAGUGCCAAGGUCCUGGCCAUGAGAGACAGCAUACUCAAUGGUUUUGGCUAGGCUCUGGGCAUCUCCCUGACCCUGAUUCAAGCCUUGACCAGCCAAGGGGUGAAUAGUGUGCGCCGCAUCGCCGACAAGUGCGACACGUUCGCCAGUGUAUGUAUCGGCAUGGCGCAACUUCAGAGGGAAAGAUGCGAUGCUCCCCUCCUGAACUCCAACAACAGUCUGUGGAAGCGAGUCCGCAUCAACGUGUGUGUGCUGUAAGCGCCAUGAUAGCUCCUCUGCCUGGUUAUUGUCCUGCGUGUGCAUGAAACCAAUGUCGACGGGGCUCAAACGGAAGGCGGCGUUGACCAUAGCGAUGAAGUCCUUGGGGCUCAGACUCUUGAGCAAGGCGGCCUUCUCAGGUGUAGUAGACCAGACCAACGUAGCGUAUUUGCCAGGCAUAGGGAGCAUUGCAACUGGACCCGUAGGCAAGAAUCGCUGGUACGCAAUCUUGUUGAACUGGCCGCCCCAGCCCUCACCUUCAAGCUCGAGCGUUGCGACAACGCCAUGUCUACCAUAGUCCCAUCCGCGGCUGUUGAUACCGGCGAAUGUGCGUACUGGACUGUUUGCCCCAUCCGCGCCAACAAGAAGUCGUGCUGCCAGUGACUGGCCACUCGAGAGCUGCACGACUGGCCAUUCGCUCAGAUCCAAUUCUUCGGUCUCCUUGCCCAGGUCAAUACUCUCCACUUUCGUAUUGUCAAAGACGUCCACUCCGCCGAGUUCUUGUAAUCUCUUGAGCAGGCCGGAUGUCAAGUUCAGAUUUUCAGCCAUGUAGGCAAUUGUCUUGUCUCCAGUCGUACUGGGUGGCCAGUCGAACUCUAUGCGGGCACCUGUCACUCCAUCCCAAACCUGCAUCUCCUGGUAGUCCUGCACACGUUCACGCUGUAGAUGUCGCCAUGCGCCGAUUUUGUCGAGGUAUUGAGCCGACGCAGGGGUAAGAGAACUGCAUCGGUUGGAGAAUUGGGUCAAGGGGAGUGAGAACGACUUGGUUUUGGAAAGGUCCUGGGCUUCGAUGAGGGCGACUCGGAGACCAGCGGUUAGAGGAUUAGCCCCUACUGUCUGUUAGCUAUUUGCCGAUUGAGCGGGCAAGAAAAACUCACGAAGAGCUGUCAGUAAGCUCAGACCUGCUGGCCCACCACCAACACAUACAACAUCAUAGAUAUUGUCCUGUGUCGAAGUGGAAGCCCGGCGCAGCUGAUACUGAUAUUGUCGUACACAGCUCCGGCAGACGAAGCCGGGCUUUCCCAGCACAGAUUUUCGAGCCAGCAUUGGUAUUUGAUAUCAAUUGAUCCCCUAGAUUCGAAGAGCUAAGCACAACCCCUUUGUCAAAGUAUGACUUGGAGCUCCAAAUCUUCGACAAAUCGUCC